AAAUAUUGCACCAUACAUUGUUUACAAGUCCUGACUAUGCCUCGCAAAAAAGAAAAUACGGAGUAGCUAGCUGCAGUAUAAAUAAGAAGGCAUAGGAAGAGAUAGCACAUGUACAUAGUACUAUCAGGCGACCACGGAGCGUAAAGGACCUUAUUAGGCGCUACGUGUCUACUGAAACGGUCUCCUUCCUUCCUUGGACGCGCGAUUUUGUCUUGGAUGAUCAAAUUAGUACGUAUACUACCCUUCGAACCCCUGUUUCCAAGAAGGGAAUUGUGAGGACCCAGCCCAACCCACUCCCCGGUCAAACUUAUAUCAUCGCCCACCCCUAUAAAUACCAUCUCGCUUCCAUCCCAAUCCCAUAUUCUCUUCAAUCUUCAGUUCUUCACAUCACUCGCUCAUCAAGGAAAAGCAAGCGAAGCACCAAGCCUUCGAAAUCCACUCCAGUGGAGUAAGCAAAUCCACCGGGACAGCAAACGACAUCAGCAGCAGCAGUAGUCAUGGCGUCUCUCCAGGCCCAGCGCCUCUUCUUGGCCCCGUCUUCCUCUUCCGCUCCUUCUUCUUCUUCUUGCACGACGCGGCCACAGCAACAACGGAGCGGCGCCGCUCGCUGCCGCGCCGCCGUGCGCGUGCCUUCCAGUCUGGAAAACCUCAGCCUCAAAAUCGACUGGAUCGAGCCCGCGCGCGUCCCUUCGCCGAGCGUCGACGGCGGGUCACCACCGUCGCUGUCCGUGGAGAAGCUCCGGGCGAUCGCGGAGGCGGCGGCGGACCGGGCGGAGAUGCACGACAUCAUCGGCAGGCAGCGGGACAACUGGAACCACCUGCUGCUCCACUCCACCAACUCCCUCACGCUCGCCGCGUCCGCCAUGGCCGCGCUCGCGCCCGCCGCUCCAAACAUGGUCGCGCUCAAGGCCUCCGCGGGGGUGCUCCUGGCCUCCGCCGCCGUCACCAUGGCCGCCGUCAACAAGAUCCAGCCCUCGCAGCUCGCCGAGGAGCAGCGCAACGCCACCAGGCUCUGGAGGGAGCUCGAGCGCGGCGUGCGCGCCCAGCUCGCGCACACGGUGGUCACCAAGGCCGAUGUCGAGGACGCCAUGGACCGGGUGCUCGCGCUGGACGCGGCGUACCCGCUGCCGCUGCUCCCCGGCAUGCUCGAGAAGUUCCCCAAGGCUGUCCAGCCCGCGCGCUGGUGGCCCAAGAAGAAGCCCGCCGUGCAGAAGUCCAGGAGCUUCGGCCCCCGCCGCGGCAGCGCGCCCUCAUCCGGCAACGGCUGGACGCAGGAGCUGGAGGAAGAGAUGCGCGGCAUCGUGCGGGUGAUCAAGGCCAAGGACGAGCAGGAGUUCCUGUCCGUGGGCAAGCUCGUGCUGGGCCUCAACAAGGGCCUGGCCCUUGCCGGCCCGGCGCUGGCAGGCACGGCGGCGCUCGCCACGCUCUUCAUCGGCUCCGGCGAGUCAUCGUGGGCGUCGGGCGCGGCCGUGCUCGGCGGCGCGCUGGCGGCGGCGGUGAACACGAUGGAGCACGGCGGGCAGCUGGGCAUGGUGUUCGAGCUGCUCCGCAACUGCGCCGGGUUCUACCGCAAGAUCCAGGAGGACAUCGAGGCGGCCCUGGCCGAGCCCGAUGUGGAGCGAAGGGAGAGCGGCGAGGUGUUUGCUACCAAGAUUGCGCUCAAGCUUGGCAGGAGCUUGUCUGACCUCAAGCAGUUCGGGAAGAUGGCUUCCCCGUCCGUCAGGGAGGAGGACAUCAAGGAUUUUGCCGGGAAACUCUUCUAAAAGUUCUAAUUAACCCAACUCACUCACUCACUUAUUUACUUCGAUCAUUAGUAGUGACUGACAGAUGAAUUCAUCGUCAGAUCUGCGUAGCAAUUCCAUUGAUUCUUUUUGUAGAGAUCACAACUGAAAAUGACAAUUCUUUGAUUCAUUCUUUCAACUUUUA